AUGCCGUUCCGGUGCGAGGAUCCACACACACACAUGCACACACAAAGCAAGGAAAAGGAAGCAACACCAGCGUGUCAAUACGAAGAAAAAAGUGGCACUGUGAUGGACUUCGAGAUAUUUAUUUUUUUGGCAACAAGCGACGGGUCUACAGCUGAAGUAAAGGUUAACUGGGUGACAACUGCUGCAAUUGCAGUACCUCAUCUCUUCUUAGUGUUUCACCGUGGCGGCGGACUUUUGAGUUGCCAUUAG